AUGUUCCAAGAUGGCGACGUGCAAGAUUCAAAAGUACUUCAACUUUCGGACGAUGGGCUAAAACAACAUGCAAAGUUUGAAAGAGAACUUUUUCAUCAUCACCUAAACCAAAUAGACAUUCAUCGGGAAAGUGCUCGAAACAAAGCUUGGUACAAUCCUACACGUUUGUAUAACUAUUACAAAAUUUAUUGUGGUGUGAAAAAAUGUGAUACAAGCGGGACAAAUCUUCGUGAAUUAGGCAAAGCUGCAGCAGACCAAAGGCGUUCUUCUGGUGCAAUUUAUCUGUCAAGAACCGCAAGUGGCAAAGGACGUCAUUAUCAAGCUAUCACGACGGAUCAAGCAUAUACUUUAAGAGAUCAUUUUAUCAUGCAUUUCGAUUUUCCUUUUCUUAUUUUGUGUAACUUGCGAGCUGCCACCGCUUUCCCUGUCACACCUUCACCAUCGUUGCAUUCUUCGUACUUUCAUUCACCAAUCCUCGAAAAGAUCAAAGCCAAGUUUAAGCCAUCUGAAGAUGGUCCUGCAACGCCAGCAACGCCAGAAGCUAUUCGCACCUAUUCAAGAAGUGAGGAAAGCAAGCUGGCAGAUGCAAAUCGAGCUCGUCAGAAGCAUAAAUACGACAAAUCCACCAGAUGGCGCAUCAAUCCUGCCCGAUACUAUCAUCAAAUUCAAGAAACCAAGGCAAAUAAACAGGUAACAGCGCAUGUCAGAAACUUGACACAGUUAGGAAGCGCUGAAAAAACUGGUUGUGCCCGUUUUGGAAAAACUAAGAGCGGAAAAGACCAUAUCACAGCUGUCAAUUCGGAUCUUUAUAACGAACAACAUAAGCCUACUACUCCUUGA